AUGGGCUCAUUAUCAACCCCCGGCUGGCGCCAGCUCAACGUCGGCGUCAUCGGCGGUGGCAUCGGCGGCAUGUCCGUCGCCAUCGCCCUGCGCCGCUCCGGCCACCUCGUCACCAUCUACGAGCGCGCCGACUUUGCCGGCGAGGUCGGCGCCUCGGUCUCGUGCGCCGCCAACGGCACCCGCUGGCUGCACGAGUGGGGGGUCGACGUCGCCAAGGGCGACCCUGUCGUGCUCAAGAGCCUCAUCAACCGGGACUGGAAGACCGGCGAGCCCGUCAGCGUCUAUUCGCUGGACGACUACGAGAAGCGGUGGGGCUACGUCUACAACAUGUUCCACCGGCAGUACAUGCACGCCAUGCUCAAGGACUGCGCGCUGCAGGAGGAGGGCGAGGGCGUGCCGGCCAAGCUGGUCGUGAACCACAAGUGCGAAGACAUCGAUCUGGAGAAGGGCACCAUCAAGUUCGCCAACGGUGUCACGGUGCACCACGAUCUGAUUGUCGGCUCUGACGGCAUUGGCUCUGCCGUCCGCGGCGUUCUGGGCAUCCACCCGGCCAAGCGCCCGGCCGACUCCAGCUGCCUGCACGCCAACGUCAAGACGGAAGAUGCCGUCAAGCUCGGCCUCGUCGACUACUCCCAGGACAGCGCCCUCGAGUACUGGGGCGGCCAGGAGGGCAAGUGGGACAAGAUCGUCCUGUCGCCUUGCAACGGCGGCAAGCUGCUGUCGUACUACUGCUUCUUCCCCCGCGAGAAGGGCGACUACUCGACUCAGCAGUGGGGCACCGAGGACAGGCCUGUCGAGGAGCUGCUGGCUCCUUUCCCGGAGUUGGAUGCUCAGGUCAAGGCGCACCUGGCUAUUGGUAUCGAGAUCCAGCCCUGGCGUCUGUGGGUUCACGACCCUUACCCCUACAUGCACAAGAACACCACUUGCCUUCUAGGCGAUGCCGGACAUCCUAUGAUGCCCCACCAAAGUCAGGGUGCUUGCAUGGCCAUUGAGGAUGCCGCUGCCCUGGGCAUUCUUUUCAACAAGCAGAACUUCAAGGGCGACGUUGCCGAGUGCCUGGACGUCUACACCAAGGUCCGUCUGCCUCGCGUCACCAGGGUGCAGGCCGCUGCUGCCAAGGCCGCCUACAACAUCAACGAGAGAAUCGGUUUCUCUGCCAACAAGGACAUUGCUACGUACAAGGUUGAGGACGAGAAGAAGAAGCUGACCAUCGAGGAGAUGAACGCAUAUGACAUGUACAAGGACAUUGAUGAGGAGCUGGCCAAGGCUAGGGGUCAGGAGUAUAAGGACAAGUACCUUCACGGUCUGCCCAUCGGUCUGGAGCUUCCCAACGGCGUUGUUAUCGGUGCAUGA